CGGCUAUCGCCAAACGUGUUCGCUUCACUUCACAGUACUUCGCAUCGUGCGGUCUCCGGUUAGUUUGUUGUUCGCCAGUAGUUUCAAAACUGGUUCUGCGCCCACGAUUUUAUUCGUCUUUGCCACUUUUAUUUAUUUACACAGUAACUACCAAAACUAUAUCUGUGUUCUGUUCGGCUAAAGUUGUUAAAAUUUACGAAAAAUAUUAACCAACAAAAAUUACUUCAAACCAAUCGCCGCAGUCAUCGCGUCAACGCCGCCGCCGUGUGUGAGUGUGUGUUGUUUUGUUGUUGGCGACAACUCCCACGCCUAAAACACAGUUACAUUUUGGGCAAACACCAAAUAUCGAAAUAAAAAAAAAUUAAUGAAAAUAGAUAAAGGCAAAGGGCAAUAAUUAUAGAAAUUGCAGGCCACUAGUAUUUCAGGAUUUCGAUAAUUCGGUAGAUCGGUUUCAACGUCGCUCGCGUUUACUUUUAUUUUUUUUCUGGUGUGUGCAUUGUUGUUAUUUUUUUUUCCAACCAUUCAUACGACGCUGCCAAUUAAUAUGCAAUUAAAUUUUUGAAAAAUCAAAUCCAAAGCGAUUAAAAAUAUUGAGCAAGUGUGCAAUUGAAGAAGAAGUAGCAGCAGUAGCAGCAGAUGUUUAAGAAGUUUGCCAAGUUCAGCAAAGUGUAAAAAAAGCAGUGAAAUAAACAGCACUAGCGUCAGCAGCGCAGCGGCAGCAGAGUCGGCAGCAUCAAAGCACCAGGAGCAGAAUUCAAAUCAAAGUUGCAUUCGCAGUUGUAAACAACUUACAAACUUAGUGACUGGCGGCGCGCAUCUUGUGGAUGCACAUAAACAACAGCUGCUACGCAACAGAAUCAGUCAAAAAUCGGCACAGCAGCGGAAUAAAGGAGCAGCAAAGUUGAAGUUGAAGCAACUUUAUCGAAACUGAUUCAAGGAGCUGAGCUGAGAAGCAAAAACACCGACACAGUUUUCGGAUUAACAAACAAUUGAAUGACGAAAAAAUAGUACUUGUAUUACAAGAAAAAGUGACGUUGCUUUCACAUCUUCCCCCCACCCGCUCCCUACUAUCGGCAUUCCAGAGCCCAUCUUCAGCUGCUGGCUACACAGAACUCAACUCUCGUUCGGCGACACUUGAGUUGGCAACAUAAUCGCACAUCAUGCGAUUUGUCGCCGCUUGAGCAGGAAGGAGCAGCAGCAGAAGAAGAGGAGGGACGUAGCACCACAACAAGAACAGCAGCAGGAGCAGAAGGAGCAGCAGAGAGCAUUCGAACGACUCGAUUCGACGACACUUGGGCAAGGAACCCCACAGAUUUUUGCGAGCCGUUGCAACCGCCCGAAGUGGCGCCCAUCAAAAUGUACCCGGCCGGAGGAACCACAGCAGCAGCAGCCGCCAAGUUUCAGAACCGAUCCGCCUCGCCACAGUUUGCCAAUUUUGUGCCACCACCACCCGGCGAGUAUCCCUCACAGGCGGGCAGUGGUCAGCUGGUGGCUGCCGCAGCGGUGCACAAUGCGCCCGGUUCCAUGUCCAUGCGGCAUGCGAAGAGCAACAGUGGCAGCAGUGGCAACAGCACCACCCUAGCCGCUCAUCGCAACAUGGCGAUGGGCGUGCUCGGCACUAGCGGCGGUGGUCCCGGCCCCAUGCAGCACAUGGCACACGGCGCCGCCACCCUCGGCCAUCAUCGUGGCGAUCUGAUCUUUCCCGAUGAGAUGGACAGCAUUGAGUUCUGUAUGCCGGCGCCACCGCCCUCACAAAAUGGCGGACACGCGCACGGCCUGAAUGGCGAGCUAAUGCUGCUGCAUGGCAGUGGCCAUGGCGAGGCCUUCACGGAGCGACGCCGACGGGGCCACGGUCGACGCAGCAACCACAAGAUGGAUGUGGAACAGCAGGUCAAGUGGUCGCGUAAAAAUAUUGCAGCCACAAUGGAGCGGUUUGAGCCCACCACACAAUCGUCCUCGUCCACCUCAUCGCUGGACUAUGGCUUUGCCGCCGGCGUAAUGACGCCGAGCAGCUCGACGCCCUCGCACCACAAUGCCAGCAGCGGGGUCGGUGGUGCCAUGGCAGCAGCCCCUUUGUCCUCGACACCGUCCCUGCAUGUGGCCUACAAUGGUGGUGCCGCUGCCGCCGCGGCACCCUUUAAUCACGUCUAUUCGUAUGCUUAUUACGAGCCGGGCGCGGCCAAGUGCCACACGAAUGUGCCGCACAAGGAGGGCGCAGUGGCUAAUGCCGCUGCGGGUAAUGGUUCCGCAAGCACCGCUGGCAUGAGCGGCCUCUCUAAGAGCCCGCCACGCAACUCGAUACGCGCACUGCUGGCCAAAAGCUUUCGCUCCAAGUCGUCGCACAGCGGCCAGUCCACAUCGUCAUCGCCGAGCACCGAGGACCGUGAUCGACACACAUACACCACACGCUACGGCACCACCGAGAACCUCUACGAGGAGGUGAACGAGCAGAAAAUACGCAAGGUGUUGUCCGAUAAUCGCAUUGCCACGUCCAAUGCCAACGGCAAUGUGAAGGAGGAGCAGCGUCGUGUCCAGCACAACCACUUCCGAGUGCUCGACGAGCUCAAUUUAUCGCUAGAGGCAUUGAUAAUGCCACCGACGCCACCGGACAUCAGUCCCAGUCACGGUGGUGCCGGCGAUGAUGAAGACGAUGGACCGAGCACCAGUGCAGCGGCAGCAGCGCAGGCCAAGGUAACAGCAGUGGCGGCGGGUGCCACCGCCCAACGGCCGCGACGCGGUGGUUUGCUGGGUGGUGCUGCCAGCGCUGCUUCGACUUCGGCGACGCAACAGCACGCUUUGUCGCACGCCAGCCUCGAGAAUCUCUCGACCACACUGAACUCCAUGGAGCUGAAGGAUCAUGCGCACAGCAGCUGCAUCAAUCCCGAGUUCGACGAGGGCGAUCUGGACAGCGGCUUCAGUGGCAGCGGCAGCAGCAGCGGUGCCAGCUACAAUGAGAGCUUGCGCUAUUAUAAAACAGGUACUCCAACAAACCAUAGCCACCACCAUCACCACCACCAACAGCAACAAUUACACAACAACCACAGCAACAACAACAACAACAAUAACAAUCUUAUGCAUACAAGCACUUUGCCACACAAUCUAAGAAGUUGUCGCUCCUCAACAGCAUCCGGCACAUCGACCUCGAAGAGCAGCAUGGCCUCCUGUGGCGAGGAUCAGGGCAUCGCAGGCAUGGGCAUGAUGCCGCCGAUGGGUGGCAUGGCUGGCAACGUGGCCGGCUGUGGCAUUACGGAUGCCUCCCUAUCGCCCUUCAACUAUCCACGUCGCUGUUCGGCGGACACUCAACGCGCCUCGUCCCGUUCCAUGGCGGCAGCAGCGGCGGCGGCGGCGGCUGCAUCAUCAUCAUCGGCAUCCACAGCCACCGGAGCGAAACCGAAGAAGAAUUUCUGGACUAUAAAACCGUGAUGCUACAAAAGAGCGUUGCGUCACAUAUGCAAGAAAUGGAGCAUUGUUAUGGAUAUGCACUGUAUUCGAUUGCUGUAUAUAUGUAUUUGCUAAAUAUUGAAUGGCAUAAUGCUGGAAUUUUAUGUAAAGACGAUUAUCCUUAAUUUGUAAGCCUGGCAUCAUCAGCAAUGGCCUGCAUUUUGGGACCUUUGAGUUCUGUAGAAGCCACUCAGAUGUGUGGUUAGUGCAGCAACUCCUUUGCACUUACCCUGCUGUUCAAAGGAACCGUUUGGGUCCCCUGUUCUACUUCUUCUUUUAAAAGGAGAUGGCUGGCUGAAUUAAUCCUUACCUUUAAAAAUUGUCACUUACCUUAAGGCAACUAUUUUAUACAGUUUUUUUUUAUUUUAAAUAAAACAACUUUUAAAAUGCAA